AUGGCAGAAAUAAUGUUUCUGAAGUAUAACGCAUAUUGGGGGGAUUACGAAGAUAUGAACUCUGUUAUGUAUUUUGCUAAGUUGCUUGAUCCUCGGGAGAAAGAAUCUGGUUUGAAAUUUGAUCUGGAAUGUUUGUAUGAGCAAGAUGAUUUCAGGGUUACAACUGUUUUGAAGGCUGUGAAACAAGAUAUGGGAAGACUUUAUGAUGAGUACACCAGCAUGUAUUCAAAUGCCAAUGCAGAGGAAGGUAUUGGGUCAACAGCUGCUGCUGGUGUUGAUGACAUGGUUGUUUCUGUGCAAGAAGAGAACAUUGAGGAUAUGCUUGAAUAA